GAAAUAAUGACUUUGCAGAACUCCAACACACCUCCACUGUUUCUUGAUCUCCUGACCAGUUUCAUGAUGGGGCCUUUGAAUGCAUGGCAAAAGAUCAGCCGGUCUGAUUGGUCCAACAUGACCCUUCAUCUGGAGGAGUCCCUCACCAGUGCUUUGGAUCAAUAUCUGAACCACUGGAGGCGUAACAUCACAACUGCAGCCGAUGCUCUGGACAAGACGCUGGCUGAGGAGAACUUCAGGGACGUCAUCUGGUAUCUGGCGGUGAUGAUUGGCAUGUUUGCCUUCAUCAUUGUGGCCAUGCUGGUGAGCACAGUCAAAUCCAAAAGGAGAGAGCACUCCAACGACCCCUACCACCAGUACAUCAAGGAGGACUGGACCACUCACAUACACCAGGGUGAUGUCGUAACUAACUUUCCAUCUGGAUAAUGCAAGAAGAACAUGCAGCUCACAGCUAAUCUCUGCUAUCAUCAGUUGCAGAUGCAGCAACAGAAACAGAUUUUCUUUUUUGAGUCCAUCAUUAAUCACGACCAAUGUGUUAUUGUGUCUGAUAUCUUCCCACAAACCUGUUGAAUGAAUUUUUUACCCAAACCCGUCAUGUUUCAAACAUGUUGAUCAGAGUGGAUUUGAAAUGGUAUCUUAUGUAACAAUAAUUGCAGAAAUUGCAAGAUAUAAAGAUUCUGCUCAGUCUGGUUUUUUUGACAUACACACACACACAAACACAGACUUUUCUUGAUCAUGACAACAGUUCCAAUAGUUCACCUCUAAAUUUCAAAUCCUUCAGUCAGUGAACUAAUGUCAGAACUACAGACCUGGUUUUUUAAUUGCAGCUCAAGACAGCAGAAUCAUUUCUUUAGACAGAUGAAGUUAAUUCAGAUGCUAAUUAUCAUCUUUUCAUCACCUUUUUCCCACUGAUUAGCUUACAAAACACAAAUUUAACUUUAUUAAUAAAAUUGUAAUAUGCCAAUCCUAACCCUGUAUACGGUGGUCUCAAAAUUUAUUUCACUAUUUAUAUAUAUUUUGAGGCUUUAUAAACCUUUCCUACUCCCACUCUUAUAAAUACUUCCUAUGUUUUUAAACACUUUCUAUGCUCUUAAACCUAAGUAAUUUUAACAACAUAUAAAAUUCUGUAUCGGUGCUCACCAGGGAAUAUACUACAACUUAAAUGAUCAAGAUGAUGAUGAAUUAGCAUAAUUAUUAUUUUUUUCUUUAUAUUGUUUUCAAUAUCUUUAGGCUAGAAAAUGCUUAUUUUCCAUAAAAAUAAUUAAAACAAUAAAUAUAUAAAAAUACCUAUAUACACCGCAAAAUCCUCCAAUAUUGCGAAAAAUCUGCAAUACCAAAUACAAUUUAAAAAUCCGCACUACAGUGACACAGCGAAAAGCAAACCGCAAUAUGGUGAGGGACCACUGUAGCUACUGUCAUAUUCAGUAUUUUAUCUUUGCUGCUUGGCUGAGCAGCAGGUUUUGCAGUGAGGAGGUAGGUCUGAUAGAGGUGUGACCUUGGAAAUGUUAGGCGAGAAUGCUGAUGUUUUAUUUAGCUGAUAAAGUAAAGGGAAUGCUGUGAACACACACAUUCACACACAUUUAUACAUGCAUUAAUAUUACAGCAGAAAAUAAAAUAACUGGAGAGUUGUUUAAGGAUU